AUGGCAGGAACAGGAGUUCCGCCAAUCAACAUCGAGGGCACCGCUGAUUGGUCAUCCUUGAGUAGGAUGAUGAACAGCAAGGGGAUUCAAUUCUCCAAAGCGAGGACGGCGGGUACCAGUGUGAAGGUAUUCACAAAUACACCAGCUGACUACCGUCAGCUAGUCGCACUGCUUGAAUCCAUCAAGCGGCCCUUCUUCACAUAUCAACUGAAGGAGGACAGGAUGGACCAGAGGGUCAUUCGUGGGCUCCGAGAGAGAUGUCAGUCAAUGACAUCAAAGAGGAUUGGUGAGCCAAGGCAUCGCAGACGGCCGUGGUUCAGCAGCUGA